UAACUGAUUUGGCCAUACUGAUUGGCUUCUUUUAUUCAAAUUUUGUAACGAUACUUUGACAAGGAGUAAUUGGGGUCUUCUUAUUUUUGAUUUCUACAUUUUGCAAAAAAAUUUUCUCGACCCUCUAUACAAACGUGAAAAUAUGGUGAGGACAAAAGCGGACAGAGUUCCUAGGAAAGCUAUUGGUGGAAAAGUAACUGCAAAAAAGAGUGCACCUGUAAAAAUCAAUACUCCUAAAAAGAGUACUGGCAGCAAAGGAGCAAAAAAACAAUCUGGCGGGAACCCUUACCAUCCAAGGGAAACACCAAAAUGGCAAAAAUCUAUUACUUGCUUUAUAAGUAAGUCUGAGACAACUUCUGAGGCAACUGCAAGCGAAACUUCAUCGUCAAACUUCAUCGAGAACUUUGAAGAUCAGAAGGAUGAGAAGAAUGAUAUCAAAGAAAAUAUAGAAGAUGAUGAUGAUGAUGAUGAGUCUGAUUGACAGUCUCGUCAUUCAAUUUUGUAUUUUCAUACUCUAACUGAUUAGUUAUUUAUUUGUAACUUUUAUUUAUCAGAACUAGAUCAUUGUUACUUUUUUUAUCACGUAUUUAAUUAAGAUUUCAUAUAAAUUUUUAUCAUUGUUUUAAAGAAAAAUAGGAAGAUUGUACAUUCUGUUAUGAUAACAUGAUAAUUUGAGGUAAAUUAAUAAAACAACCAUUGUUUAAUUUAGUGAGCAAUUAUAAAUGUGAUAAGAAAUAAUUGCACAUAGGUUACUAUUAUAAAAAUGAUCUAAAAAAAAAUUGUGUUAAACUAUAAUAAUUUAUUUGGCAUAAUUUUUGUACCAAAUAAAUUAUAAUUUAUAAUAUGUGGGUGAGAAAAUAUUUCAUUUGGAAGAUAAAUCAAUGUUAUUCAGUUGUGUGUAUAAGUAUAUAAAAUAACUAUAGAUAAUAAAUUAGUAUAUUUUUAUAUGUA